AACUUCCCCUCUCAGCCACACAGGAAGCUGAGCACAUCAAGCGCCCAGCCCCAAGCCAGCACAGGCUCCCCCAACCCCAGGAGCCCUUGGGGAAAGGGCCCACCUGGCCAGCCCUUCGGACACCAUGGGAUCCACGGAGAAGAGGCAUCCCCCUGCCGUGUUUGACUGGUUCUUCGAAGCCCGCCGUCCCCACUCCCUGGAGGAGGAUCCCCCCAUCCUGUGGCAGUUCCCCCCGGAUGUCCAGGAGCAGGAAGCCAUGCAAAUGGUGCCCAGGUUCUGCUUCCCUUUCGACGUAGAAAGGGAGCUGCCCGGCCCUGCUGUCCAGCAUUUCACCUUCGCCCUUACCGACCUGGCCGGCAACCGAAGAUUCGGCUUCUGCCGCCUGCGAGCCGGGGCGUGCAGUUGCCUGUGUAUCCUCAGCCACCUUCCCUGGUUUGAAGUGUUCUACAAGAUUCUCAAUGUUGUGGGGGACCUCCUAGCCCAGAACCAAGUCUCAGAGGCCGAAGAGCUCCUGCAGAACCUGCAGCACCACCGCCUUCCGGGACCUCGGGCUUCAGGGGAGAGCAGCCCCGCCGUCUGGAGCGACCGUGGCGCCUUGCCUCCCGCCCUACGGAACAGCAAGCUGCUUUCUUGUUUCGUGGCCCCGGAUUCUGCCGGCCUGCCGUCUAUUCCCGAGAACAGGAAUCUCACCGAGCUGGUGGUCGCGGUGACCGACGAGAACAUCGUGGGGCUGUUCGCGGCGCUGCUGGCUGAGAGGAGGAUCCUGCUCACGGCCAGCAAGCUCAGCACUCUGACAGCCUGCAUUCACGCGUCCUGCGCUCUGCUCUACCCCAUGCGCUGGGAGCACGUUUUGAUCCCCACGCUGCCCCCGCACCUGCUGGAUUACUGCUGCGCACCCAUGCCCUACCUCAUCGGAGUCCACGCCAGUCUCGCGGAGAGAGUUCGGGAGAAGGCCCUGGAAGAGGUCGUGGUGCUGAACGCCGACUCCAACACUCUGGAGACGCCCUUCGACGACGUGCAAGCGCUGCCGCCGGACGUGGUGUCCCUGCUGAGGUUCCGGCUGAGGAAAGUGGCCCUGAGCCCCGGGGAAGGGGUGUCCCGUCUCUUCCUGAAAGCCCAGGCCCUGCUGUUCGGAGGCUACCGCGAAGCGCUCAUCUGCACUCCGGGUCAGCCAGUGACCUUCAGUGAGGAAGCUUUCCUGGCUCAGAAACCUGGGGCGCCCCUGCAGGCCUUCCGCAAAAGAGCGGUGCACCUGCAGCUGUUCAAGCAGUUCAUCGAAACCCGACUGGAGAAACUCAACGCUGGAGAAGGCUUCUCGGACCACUUUGAGCAAGAGAUCGUUGCCUGCUGCGGGGCUUCCUCAGGCGCCCUUCGAUCCUACCAGCUCUGGGUAGAGAGUCUUAAGAAAGGCAGCGAUGCCCUCCUGCAUUCAGUGAAGACUAAAACCCGGCCAGCCGUCAGGAACGUGUACCGAUCGGCAAAGACUGGCCUGAAGGGCGUGCAGAGCCUGCUCAUGACCAAGGAUGGAGACUCUGGCCUGCAGAGAGGGGGAUCCCUGAGAACCCCCAGCCUCGUCAGCCGCUCGGAUCGUCUGCAACAGCGCCUGCCUAUCAGCCAGCACUUUGGGCAGAACCGGCCCCUCCGCCCUAGCAGGAGACUCAAGAAGGAAGGGGGAACUUCUUUCGAACCCCUGGGAGAGCGCCCUCGGUGUCACCCUCAAUCCAGGAGCCCUGCCCUGAGCCCGAGGGACACUCAGAGUCCCUGGGCAGAGGAGACUCUGGAUGGCAGCUUUCUGGGAUCUGGAGAAGAACUGGAUCUGCUGGGCGAGAUUCUAGACAGUCUGAGUGUGGAAACCAAGAGCGGUGGCCGGCUGAGAGCCAGCCAGAGUCUGGGCUGCUGUCAACAAGGGGCCUCGGAGAGCUGCUUCAGCCUGGUAAGACUCUCCCCCGGCCCCCUCCACCUGCCAGCUUCUUCUCCACCUGACAUCAACUACACCCCCCAAUCCUGCUCCGCCCAGCCUGACAUCCCAGCAAGGUCACCAUGGCAACUGGAGGAGGAUGAUCCAUCCCCAGAAGCCCAGCUCUGGUCCCUCUCAGGGGACCUGUCAUCUCUGCAGGACACCCCAUCUUUCGAGGAUGUAAGCUACUCAAAGAAACGCUGUUCUCAGCCACCCUCAGACAUCUCCUUGCCGCCUGCAUCUUUAGCCACUUCAGCUGACCCCAGCAGCCAAGGGGACCCCGAGCCCUCUCCUCCCACAGAGCUGGAUUCUAGAACUCCACAAAGCCCUUGCUACAGACUCCCCACAGUCCCCACUCAGCCCAGUCCUCCAGAAAGCACCCAACAUCUCGUCCCCACAGAGCCCAGCCCUGACGCUGUCUGGACAUUACAGUCCAGUCAGUCUCCUGCACACACCAAUUCUCCAGAGAGCCCCGGGAAACAGCCUCCCCGGGUCCUGCUGGACCAGGCUCAGGUCCAACCCCUCAAGGAGCUGAGGGCUCCUACUUCUUACAUCGCUCAGAUAAGCAACCGGCAAGGACCCCAGGCCAGGCAACCCCGAGUUGCUGAUCUGAAGAAGCAUUUUGAAAAAUAAGGUUGGGGACCCCAGCUCUCAAUAAAGCUGAUCUUGUUUCCUUUGA